AUGGAGUUUGAUAGUGAUAAGAAAAAAAAGAAAUGUAUCAUCGCUGGGGUUAUCACAGCCUUGCUCGUUGUCAUGGUUCUCAGUGUCGCCAUCAUGAUGUCUAAACAUGAGAGUGGUCCGCAUAAAAUCGUGGACGUGCAUAAUAGGAUGACCUCAAAAGCAGUCCAAGAGGUUUGUGCACCAACCGACUACAAAGAUACAUGUGUGAAUAGUCUCAUGAAAGCUUCUCCUAACUCCACUCAGCCUCUCGACCUCAUCAAGCUCGGCUUUGACAUAACCAUUCGCUCAAUCAAGGACGGGAUCAAGAAAGCUUCCGAGGAGCUGAAAGCAAAAGCAGACAAUGACCACGAGACUAAAGAAGCUCUAGAGUUGUGUGAGAUGCUUAUGACCGACGCUACAGACGAUUUAAAAAAGUGCUUUGAUAACUUUGAUGGAUUCUCAAUUACUCAGACAGAGGAUUUUGUUGAGGAUCUUCGUGUCUGGCUCAGUGGCUCCAUUGCGUAUCAACAAACAUGCAUGGAUACUUUUGAGGAAAUUAAGUCCAGCCAUGCACAAGACAUGCAUAAAAUCUUUAAAACAUCCAAAGAACUAACCAGUAAUGGCCUUGCAAUGAUUACUAACAUCUCUAGCCUUUUCGGAGAGUUCAACACCACAGGAUUAACCGGAGAUCUCCGGAACCAUGCUAGAAAGCUUUUGUCGUCGGAAGACGGUAUCCCAAGCUGGGUGGGACCAAAGACUCGACGGCUCAUGGCAACGAAAGGAGGUGUGAAAGCUAAUGUGGUUGUGGCUAAAGACGGAAGUGGCCAGUACAAGAGUAUUAAUGAGGCCUUAAACAUUGUGCCUAAAAACAAUAAAAUACCAUUCGUCAUCUACAUCAAGCAAGGCGUCUACAAGGAGAAAGUUGACAUCACCAAGAAGAUGACCCACGUCAUUUUCAUCGGUGAUGGACCCACCAAAACUAAGAUCACUGGUAGUCUCAACUUUGCCAUUGGCAAGGUCAAGACCUACAGGACUGCCACUGUCGCAAUCAAUGGUGAUAAUUUCACGGCGAAGAACAUCGGGUUUGAGAACACCGCCGGGCCAGAAGGACAUCAAGCUGUGGCACUAAGAGUCUCUGCGGACUAUGCCGUUUUCCACAACUGUCAAAUCGAUGGUUACCAAGACACUCUUUACGUCCAUUCCCAUCGUCAAUUCUACCGUGACUGCACAAUCUCCGGAACGGUCGACUUCAUCUUCGGGGACGCAAAAACCAUCUUCCAAAAAUGCAACAUUGUGGUGAGAAAGCCAAUGGGAGGUCAAUCUUGCAUAGUCACUGCCCAAGGCCGGACCGACCACCGUGAAACAACCGGAAUCGUGAUCCAAAACUGCCGUAUCACCGGGGAGCCGGCGUAUAUCCCCGUGAAAGCUGUAAACAAAGCAUAUCUCGGAAGGCCAUGGAAAGAGUUCUCAAGGACCAUUAUAAUAAGAACGACCAUCGAAAAUGUUAUUGACCCAGCAGGAUGGCUCCCUUGGAAUGGUGAUUUUGCAUUAAACACGCUUUAUUAUGCUGAGUAUGAAAAUAGAGGACCUGGCUCAAACAAAGCCCAACGUGUUAAGUGGGCUGGUAUUAAGAAACUCUCUCUCGGACAGGCUCUUGGAUUCACUCCUGCUAGGUUUCUACGUGGAAACUUGUGGAUCCCACAAAUGCGUGUGCCUUACACAGAGAAUUUGUAG